UCACACGAAAGCGGGCGGAGUUUCUCCAACGUGAGGAGGGCCACUGCUGGCUUCCAUUCAUUACCAUACAUUCGCUUGUGUCCAUCAACGCGUGAGUAGACCCGUUCAUCUUACACCUACAAUACCUUUCUGAUCACAUUCAUUCAUCGCUUAUGUGGACGAGCGCCGUCGGGAAUAAUUUCCAUCAGUUCGCGGUGGUGAUGUUGAUGUGAGCUGUUACUGCAGAGACUCUCCGCUCAUAGAGGAGUGUUUACCGAUCACCAGCACUGCAAUGAUCGCUUCAUCACAUCCAGUCUGAAUCUGGACGAAUCUCUGGUGUCGAGGGGACUGCAUUGGUUUUACCCCUGCUAACGAGGAGAUCAAAAUGGGGAACAGUUUCUCCAACAUAUCUGCGUUUCAGUCUCUCCAUAUAGUGAUGCUUGGCUUGGACUCCGCAGGGAAAACCACGGUCCUUUACAGACUGAAAUUCAACGAGUUUGUCAACACUGUGCCAACGAUAGGAUUCAACACGGAAAAAAUCAAGCUGAGUAACGGCACGGCCAAAGGAAUAAGCUGUCAUUUCUGGGACGUUGGUGGGCAGGAGAAACUCCGGCCCUUGUGGAAAUCGUACAGUAGGUGCACGGAUGGCAUUAUUUAUGUGGUGGACUCUGUAGACGUGGAUCGACUGGAGGAGGCCAAGACGGAGCUACAUAAAGUCACCAAAUUCGCUGAAAACCAAGGAACGCCGCUGUUGGUCAUAGCUAAUAAACAGGACCUGCCGAGAUCUCUGUCCGUGGCGGAUAUAGAGAAGCAGCUGGCGCUCCAGGAGCUCACGCCUGCCACCACCUACCACAUCCAACCGGCCUGUGCCAUCAUCGGCGAGGGGCUUCACGAAGGCAUGGACAAACUCUACGAAAUGAUAGUCAAACGACGAAAAAGCCUCAAACAGAAGAAAAAGCGAUAGCUCUCUGCAAAGCCUGCACCUGCCUUUUCCCAUUGCUGAUGGCCUGAGUCAUUGCGUUUGCCAUUUCAACGUUGCACUGUUGACAUUCAUCGGAAUGGUUGUUUGUUGUCGAGUUGGAUGUUGCAUGUGAUUGUGAUGGCGCGGGUGAACAAAAAUAAAAAUACAAUUAAAGGGCUGGUCCCGAUUAAGCUGCCAUUUGAAGGAGUUCUCUGUACUGAAGCACUGUGAAAAAACGCUGUGACAUUUCAUGGAAUGCUUGAUAUCUUAUUUUGACUCUUAUGGAAUAUAGAGUAAACUUCUAAGAACAUUAUCAAGAACUGUUGCUUCAAAAUCCCAGAAGGAACUGGGGUUUGAGGACCUUGUAAUUUACUAAAUUACUGUAACUUCAGUGUGCCCGAAUGAGUAUAUGAGGCCUCAUGAAGACGUCUAGAUUUACAGGAACUCUGAAGAACAAAAGUUAUGGACUACAGGCAUUACCUCCUGUGACACGGUCCACCUCUAAGCACUUUUUUCUUACCAAGAUAGUAGUGUACAACACUGUAGAUCAGAUAUUAGACUGUCAGUGCAUUACAGAGUGGAGAUGAAUCCUGAAGUAUUUUUCAAAUAAAAUGUGUUAAAGCAAACACCUUAUCUCAUGUCCUUCAUCAAGGUAAAAGUACAACAUUGUCUUCUGUACUGUUUGAGUUAUCGUUUGGGCUUUGUUAAAAGGGGAGGUAGUUUUCAAUCUGCAAAGCUUUCUGUAAAUAUUGAAAGAAGCUAAAUCAGACAGAUCACUUUUCAGUUGUUCUAGGUUGGGUGUUUUACCUUCAGCACUCUUGAAAUGAACAAAUUAUCUUUCAAUUUUAUCUAAAUUAUUAUAGAUUUUUUUUUCUUACCAAAAAUAUAUCUAUAUAUUUUACACAUUUUUGUAAAAACAGUGUGUGUUUGGAUAACCAUGCCCUCUUUGUUAUAUUAGCUUAAGAGAAUAAGCCCCCUUUCCAGACAUGCUGACAAUGGUGUCUUUCUAUCCCAAAUAACUCUAGGGUUUCAUCCCAAGAGGAGAGAGGUGGUCAGUCUAUACAAAAAAAAAAAA